GUAUUAUGACAGUUUGGUAUGACAGUGAUAACUGAUUUUCCAAUGUGCUUUUUAAAAACGCCUGCUAAAACAUUCCAUUUUUCUUAAAUUUUCGUUAUAAACUUACUGUCGCUUCGUAAAGAUUCUUCAAUACUCAUACUAUUUGUGUGCAUCAUAUUUUGGAACCUUUUUCAGUGUUGUAAACUUAUUUUUUUGUAAAUUAUUGAGUACUCAUAUCCGGAUAUAGUCUUUACUUCCUUUGAGUCACCGUUAUCUCGGUUUAAAAAAUGUGGCCAGAAGUUGAAAAAGCUAAAAAUGAACACAGACGAGAACUUGCCUUAACAGGAAAAGAAAUAAGCAAGAGAAUCAAUGAAGAUGGCUUAGACAGAGCUAUUUUUGAGCUCACAAAUUUGAAUUACUUGAAUAUAAGUGAAACCACCCUUUCUGAGUUGCCUGACAAACUUGGAAGCUUGCAGAACCUGCAGACACUGCUUCUGCAUUCUAACAAGUUGGAAAAGAUCAAUGAAGCUAUUUCAAGUUUGGAAAAAUUGAAAAUUCUGGACUUGUCUCAGAACUGCAUUGAAACUGCUCCAGAAUGCCUUGAUAGCCUCACUCAGCUGGUCACAUUAAAUCUUAGUGGUAAUAAGUUAGAAUCUUUUCCAUGUCUCACAAAAACUACCAAGCUAACAGUGUUAGAUUUGUCUAAUAAUAAGUUGAAAAGUUUUUCUAAUAUCUGCUCAGAGAACUUUGGUAACUUAUCUGAACUAAAAUUGUCUCAUAAUGAAAUUGAGGAAAUACCAGUAACUAUCAGUAACCUAAAUCAGUUGAAAAUGUUGGAUUUGAAUACAAAUAAGAUCACAUCAAUCCCAGGAGAAUUGGUUGAUUGUCAGAAACUGAAAGAAGUCAACCUGAAAUCGAACCCUGUGUCUGACAGACGUCUGCUGAAACUAAUUGAUCAGUGCAGGACUAAACAAAUAGUGGAUUAUGUCAAACAGCACUGUCCAAAAACAACAAUUUUAGAAAAAAAGGCUAAAGAUAAGAAAAACACUAAGAAAUGUUCUGAUGAUGAGGAAGAUGAUGACUCACAUGUUGAAUAUAAGCAUUCUAUUAAUGUUACAUCAUAUGAUAACUCCUUCAAGAUUGUAAUCAAUGAUUCUGUUGCAAACAUUAGAGACCACAUAGCAGCAUGUAUAGUGAAUGGCGUGAAUUUCUCUGAGGAUACCUUCAAAAAAUUCAUACAACUACAAAACAAAUUACAUGACACAGUUUGUGAAAAAAGAAAUUUUGCAACAAUUGCAACACAUGAUUUCAACAAACUGCCUCCAGGAAAUCUUGUUUACACAACUUCUCCUCCAAAUGAACUAGUUAUAAAACCAUUGAACAAAAAUGGCAUGGUAACUGGCGCAGAAUUAUUUGGAAAACUCCAAACAGAAGCUAACAAUCUGAGGAAGGAGAAAAAAAGAAAUGUCUACAGUGGAAUCCACAAGUACUUAUACUUGAUUGAAGGAAAAGUACAGUAUCCUUGCUUGUUGAAUGGAAACAAUGAGGUCAUUUCAUUCCCGCCCCUAACAAAUUCAGAUAUCUCGAAAAUCGACGUCAAUACGACAAAAAUAUUUGUGGAAGUUACUAGUUCCAUUUCUCAGCAUGCUUGCAAAAAAGUUUUGGAUACAUUACUAAGAGAAAUGGUGGUAAUCUUAGACAAGGACUUGGAUAUACAGCAAGUCAGAACAGAAGAUCAAAAUGGACAGACAAAAGUCGUGUACCCUUCCAAAACUGAUUUGAAUUUUGAAAAGGGUGUACACAUUAAAGUCCAUAGACAUUAGAAUUGGAUAUGUGUGAUUUUAUUUUUUCAGUAUUUAAAAUUUUGUUCAUGGUAUUUUUGUACUUUUGGUGGAUAUCUUUUUUUAUUUAUUUAUUUUUGAGCUCUUGCAUGUAUCCCUUGACUGUAUCAUGUUUAUCACAAUUAUCAAGGAACUUUUUUGAAAUAAAUUACUUAAAUAGUUUUAUCAAAAUCCAAAUUGUUCUUUUUUUAGUUACCAAUUUAUUGUUCUGUACAACUCAAUAGGCCAAAAAAAAUCACCAGUUAUUUUAAGCAUUGUAUAUUUGGUUGAACUGUUUGUUUUUGCUUGAAAUAAAAAUUGUUUGAAACAUAGUGUUAUGUGAUUUUAUCAUCAUGAACAAAGAAAAAAAUAUUGUGUCUCAUUAUAGCUUGGUAUCAAAAUGCUAACAUCAUUGAAUUAUUUGGGAUCUGAGCGCAAUGAUUAAAACAGGAAAACUAAGUUUGUAAAGAAAUGUACAGGUUCCAUGUUUUUGACACUUUUAUUUAAUCAUUCAUAAUCCAUAUACUUACAAUCUGUGUUAAAACAAAUAUCAUGUAUAGGC